AUAUUUAUAUGUCUACUUUGUAUAAAAUCCUGACAGUUCGCAGCUUUAGACAAUGUUUCAUGCGACAUCUAAUUUAAAACCAAAAUAAUAAAGAUAACACAAUUAAAGAAACCAUGCUUGUAGAAAUAUGGCUGCCAUAGCAACAUCAAGUUCCGUAAACAAUGACAGUUCAUACUAAAUUCUUCCUUGUUUAAGAUUAAAUCAAAUUUGUUGGCGUCAGCUUGUAAUGGCAUAUUUAGAAACGCCAUAAAUGUCCCAAUCUCUUGCAAAAGAAUUCUGUCCCCCUUCCCCUCCAGGUCUAAAAAAAGGUAGCCUCUUUCAGGCGCUCGUUAGUUGGGGCGCAGCGCGAAAAACAGCAAGCGAAAAAAUAGCGGACAGGCAUUGCUCCGCGCUUCUCCCCAUUUUUUUCGCUGGCAGUUUUUCGCGCAGCGCCCCAACUAACUGAACGCCUGGAAGAGGCUAAAACAAGGGUUAAACGAUCAGUAAACCACUUUUAGGAUCGCUGUGCUAGAAAAAGAAGUGAGUCAUUCCUUGAAACAUGGCGAGGCCUUCAGAGAUCCAAAAUCCAAGAGGUGGUGCAAACUGGCUGUCAAUCAUACUCUUCUGGUGGAUGAAUGACGUGUUGAAACUGGGCAAUAAGCGACCGCUGACCGAAGAAGAUUUGUUUCAUCUUCUUGAAGAUUACAAAGCUGAGGUUCUCGUGGAGGAAGCCGAGAAGUAUUGGUUCGAAGAAUUAAAAACGAGUAAAUCCAGGAGAAAGAAACCGCGAUUAUGGAAAGCAAUGGUCAGCCUUAUUCCAUGGAAAUCAUGUCUUGUUAUGAUAAUUUUAAAAACCCUUCAGUCUUUGAGUUUUGUCUCCCUGCCUCUGUGUCUUUGGCUCGUGUUGAAGACAUUAAAUGAUGGCCCAAAUCUAGACAUGAAGUUUGCUUUCAUCUACGUGGCGCUUUUGGGAUUGACAAGCCUAAUAAAAGCGUUAACGACACAGCACUAUGACUACCUAACUGAACUCUGGGGAUUGAAGCUCAAGGUGGCGUUAAUUGGACUCGUAUAUAAGAAGGUUCUCUCACUAAAUCGUUGUAGUCUGGAGGCUACGUUGUCUGGAAACACUAUCAACCUGGUCUCCAAUGACGCACAAAAGAUCGAGAAGUCUUUGAACAGCGUUGGAUUUAUACUGUCAGCGCCGUUAGAGAUAGUGAUCAGCCUGUUAAUUCUGUGGUACCUGAUUGGCUGGAAAGCUCUUGUUGGCGCUGCUUUCCUUAUAGUUUUAGUUGCCUUUCAAAUGUUAAUGGCGAGGAAAGCUGCAAAGCUGAGAAAGAAAGCAGCCGCUUUCACAGACAAACGGCUCGUGGUGAUGAAUGAAAUCAUCUCUGGGAUACGAGCAGUGAAGAUGCACGCUUGGGAAUGGAACUUCAGAGACAUUGUGCGCGACCUCCGCAGGAAGGAGAUGGCAAUUAUCCGCUUGAAAGGUUUAAUUGUAUCAAUAUUACUGGUUUUGUUCUUCACAACGAUUCCCAUGGCUACUCUGGUUUCAGUGACAACUCUGAUAUUGACAGGAACUCACUUGUCAUCAUUUGCGAUAUUCACACUUCUACUAGGAUUUGCAAUACUACGAGAGACAUUUUGCUACAACUUGAGUUUAUCCAUGCAGAUUGCCUCGGAUGGCAAGGUAGCACUCGAUAGAAUACAGACUUUUCUGAUGGAGAAGGUUUCGAAAUCCAAAGGAAACGGGGGAGGCAAUAAUCAAAAUCAAAACCUUAAGGGCAACCUUACGGAACAAAAUGUUGAAGUCGAAACGAAAAAUAAAAUGGAUGUGCAGUUGCUUAUUUACAUACAAAGAGAUGAUGACUAUUUAAGCGAAACU